GAAUGGCGUCUGUUCCUCAGCAUCCCACUCCCGCUUUUCGCCCUGCAGAUGGAAUCCUUAUCGGAGACCGGCUAUAUUCAGAAGUCUACCUCACUAUCGACAACUCCCUCAUCCCGGAGGAGAGGCUGUCACCCACGCCGUCCAUGCUGGAUGGCCUGGACCUCGAGACCGAAAGUGACUUGCGUAUUCUGGGAUGCGAGCUUAUCCAGUCUGCCGGCAUUCUACUCCGCCUGCCCCAGGUGGCCAUGGCGACCGGGCAGGUGCUGUUCCACCGGUUCUUCUACUCCAAGUCUUUUGUUAAGCACAGCUUCGAGAUCGUUGCCAUGGCCUGUGUCAAUCUUGCUUCCAAAAUUGAAGAAGCCCCAAGACGAAUAAGGGAUGUGAUAAAUGUAUUUCAUCACUUACGCCAGUUAAGAGUUAAAAGGACCACAUACCCUCUGAUACUUGAUCAGAGCUACAUAAACACCAAAAAUCAAGUAAUCAAAGCGGAGAGAAGAGUUCUGAAGGAGUUGGGAUUUUGUGUUCAUGUCAAACACCCACACAAAAUGAUUGUGAUGUAUCUGCAAGUCCUAGAAUGUGAACGGAAUCAAACCCUUGUUCAAACUGCCUGGAACUACAUGAAUGAUUGCCUGCGCACCAGUGUGUUUGUGCGAUUUGAUGCAGAAACUAUUGCCUGUGCUUGUAUUUAUCUUGCUGCUAGAGCGUUACAGAUUUCUCUGCCUAAUAGACCACACUGGUUUUUAUUGUUUGGAGCUACUGAGGAAAACAUUCAAGAAGUCUGCGUAACGACACUGAAGCUCUACACCAGGAAAAAGCCAAACUAUGAGUUUCUAGAAAAGGAAGUGGAAAAGCGGAAGGUGGCAUUACAAGAAGCUAAAUUAAAAGCGAAGGGAUUGAAUCCUGACGGGACUCCAGCUCUUUCGACAAUGGGAGGAUUCUCUCCUGCGUCUAAACCAUCUUCUCCGCGGGAAAUAAAAACAGAUGAAAAGUCACCUGUGUCUGCUAAAGUUAAACGCGAAUCAGAUGAUAAGCAGACAAGUAAAAGUCCAUACAACGGGCUACGUAAAGAAGGUAAAAGAAGCCAAAGUAUCAGCAGAUCAAGAUCGCAAACAAAAUCAAGAUCAAGAUCUCGCUCUCCUCGCAGGCACUAUAACAAUCGACGGAGCCGUUCUGGAACCUACAGCUCAAGGUCAAGGAGCCGAUCUCGCAGCCACAGUGAGAGCCCUCGUAGACUUCAUCAUAACCAUGGAUCACCACACCUCAAACCCAAGCACCGUGUAGAUGACCUGAGAGGCUCAAGCAGGCAUGGUCAUAAAAGGAAGAAAUCACAUUCUCCAACACCAAGUAAAUCCAGGGAUCACGUUGAUCAUGCCAAGAAGCACAGACAUGACAGAGGGCAUCACAGGGAUAGACGAGACCGCUCCCGAUCUUUCGAGAGGUCACACAAAAGCAAGCAUCACAGCAGCAGCCAUUCAGGACAUGGCAGACACAGGCGCUGAACAUUUGCAGCAUAGUAAAGUAAUUUUGUAAUGUUCAGCUGUAUAGUUUAUGGACUUUAAUCUGGAUUUUGUAUGAAGAGGAAACAGCAUUGGGCUUUACAGUUCCAGACCUUUAGCAGUUAUCUUUUGCACAUUAUACCUUGGCAGUAUAAUCUUUGUAAGGAACGUUGGUCAGGCUAAAUUGUUCUAGAGCUGUGUGUAAAAUAUAAAAGCUUCAGUAAGUUGCUGUAAAGAUGGAUGACUUAUUUUUUUUAUAUGAAGCUGUUGCAGACACUGUUAUAUUUAAACAUGAUUAUUUAAGACUUUGUGAGAUUUCUUACAUUUUGGUUUUAGUCUGCGUGUAAACAGUUUGAUUUUUAUGAAGAAAUAAAUUAGAAAAAAAUA